AUGCUGAAUGCUAUGCUCAUAGCCGAGAAUCGAAAAAUCAUACAAAAUACGCAAUGCCCUCAAAUUGUAAUUGAGGAAAACACGUUAAGUGCAAAAUUAAUUAGGUUACCACAUCCUCGUUCUGUGUGGCAGCACGGAAAUGUGGAAAUCAUCGCGAAUGACCAAGGCAACCGAACUACUCCGUCGUACGUCGCGUUCACAGACACAGAGCGAUUGAUCGGAGAUGCAGCUAAAAACCAGGUCGCCCUCAAUCCCAACAACACAGUAUUUGAUGCCAAACGACUCAUCGGCCGCAAGUUUGACGACCCGAAGAUCCAACAGGACAUGCAGCACUGGCCCUUCAAAGUAAUUAACGACUGUGGCAAACCCAAGAUACAAGUUAACUUUAAGGGAGAAACUAAGAAGUUCGCGCCGGAAGAGAUCAGCAGCAUGGUGUUGACAAAAAUGAAGGAGACUGCAGAAGCAUACCUCGGAACCUCGGUGCGAGAUGCUGUCAUCACUGUUCCGGCAUACUUCAACGACUCACAACGACAAGCCACUAAGGACGCAGGUGCCAUUGCUGGUCUAAACGUGCUAAGGAUCAUCAAUGAGCCAACAGCUGCCGCCCUCGCCUACGGUCUUGACAAAAAUCUUAAAGGCGAACGAAAUGUGCUAAUAUUUGAUCUUGGUGGCGGUACGUUUGAUGUGUCCAUUUAA